AUUAGAAAUCGAAAAAUCAGUUUGUCUUAUCAUCGGUCGUUGAGUAUCCAGUAUAUCUUAAUUCGCGUUUUUAGUUUAAUAUAUAAUAUAAUCAUAUCCGAUUCGUGCUUGUAUUUUAUAAUUCGCUCGUCGUUCGGCCUUGGACUGAUUGGAUAAUAAUUAUUGCUUAGUACAAUAUAUUAACUUACGUUAUGGAAUAUUUUUGUCUGUUGUUACGAACUAGUAUAUUCUCUGCGGUAUUUUCAUGACAUCGUCUCUCAGUAAAUUACACUACGUCGCCAAAAGUACGGAUUAAAAUCGGCAGUGACGGGGCGUACAACUUGAAAGGAUAUUUCGUAUUUUUUCUCCUCACAGUAAUCGUGCAAACGCGUGAAAAACAACUUCGACGGCAUAAUGUCUAGUAAAAACGUCAAAAGCACUAGGGUUGAAUCGGACCUGGCCGGGUGUCGAGAAGAAGGAAAUUGGUCGAAAAUAUUGGAACUUGCCGAACAAUUGUCUUCCAGCAAAGCAUUACUGUAUAAUUUAAUGGUUGGCGAAGCUAAGUUGGAAAUGUUUUUGGAAGAAAAUCCCCCUAUUGAGAGCAACAUUUCCAAAGCUUGUGUUGGCCUUAUUGAAGCCAAGUCCUAUUUAACUGAAUCAAUUAGUGAACUCUCUACUCAAGCAGGCAUGAGUAUUGAUAGUCACAUGUUAUUGGCUAAAUUAUGUUAUGCUUGUGGCCAGUAUGAUGAAGCAAUGCAGCAUUGCACAGAUGCCAAGUUAAACUCGGUUAUUCAAACAGAAUUACAAAUUCGUAACAUUAGAAUAUUAGCUGAAUCAUUUGCUAUCAAAGGUAUUUGUCAAGAGAAAUUACGACCAACUUCUAGCUCUCGUUUUAAAAAAACUGAAUGGAUUGAAGGUGUUAUUAAAAAUUUUGAACAAGCAGCCAAUUUGGGUAUUUUAUAUUUGCAAGAAUUGGACCACAAAGAAAAUCAGCUUAUGCUACCAUCACCACUUGGAAGUAAUGCACCAUCAAUUGUAAAUACCAAUACUACAUCUGGAACAGGAUCUCACUCUCCACAACCAGUGAACAUGACACAUUCUUUGAGUAUCUUAGUUGAAACAGCAAUAUUAAGGUUGCCAUUAUUACUGAUUGAAAGUUCAAACUAUUCUGGUGCCAUAAAUACAUUUAGGAAUAUAUUAACAGCUUGUGAAGCUCAUGGUAGUCAUUCCAUUAGACUUAUUUUAACAUACCAAUUUGCUGAAUUUCUUUUACGUAAAGUUUCUCCAAAAUACUAUUCACUGCCAACUCAAAACACUCCUAAGAAACAACUAGCUAAUAUAAGAAGACCAAAAAAAUACAAUACAAUUAAUAUGUUUAUGCCAAGAAGUGAACAUGAAGAAAUAAUAUUACUACUUAUUAUAAGUGAAGCAAUGGCAGCGAGAAAUGCUGUUCUUAGUCAGUCACCUGAAUUUAAAGAAGCAAGAAUUAGAGCUUUUAGUUUAGCUACAGCUAUCUAUGAUCUUCUUACUAUUGCAUUAGUUUUGUGGGGUCAAUACAAUAUGUUAUACGAGUCUUUUGAACGAGCUAUGAAAUUUUCUGCUGAUGAUACUCAUGUGUGGAUGCAACAAGCUUUAUGUCUUGAAUCUGCUGGACGUCACAUUAAAGCGUUGGAAGUAUUAACUCAAGUCAUAUACAUGCAGCCAAAUGCAAUUGUUCCAUGUUUAUUAGCUGCUCGCAUUUGUUAUCAACAUUUAUUUAAGAUGGAAGAUGGACUAACUUGGAGCCAAGAAGCUCUUAAAAGAGAAAAAGUACAUUCCCAAAAUUUACUAUCGAGGUGUCAUCUGUAUAUAGGCAUUGGAGCACAGUGUAUGGCAUUGACUUCAUUUUUGAAAUCUGUCAAAGAUAAAUAUCAUGCCCUAUGCUAUGAAUCUCUUACUAAAGCACAACAAUUAGAUCCCAAUGAUCAUUUGGUUCAUUAUUAUAUAGCAUUUUAUUAUGCAUGUUUAGCUAAAGUACCUGAAGCUACAAUCAAAGUGCGUCAAGCAUUAUCACUGAACCCAGAACAUACACCUUCAUUGCAGUUAGCUAUUUUAUUGUUGAGUGCACAGAAAAAAAUAAAUGAAGCCAAAGCUCUUUUAGAGUCUUCUUUGGAAGAUUUCCCUGAUCAUAUUGGUUUAUUAUUCAUCAGAGCUAGGAUUGAAUUGCAGAUUGAAGCUUCUGAUGUUGCACUUGUAACUGCUAAACAUAUGCUUACCAUGUGCAAAGCCUCAGCCAGCCAUGAAGGUUCUCCUUCCAUAGAACAUACUGAUACUCGUAGUAUUUUUCAACUUUAUACAACUGAAUACUCUGACAAAGAUACAAAUUCAUUGGGGCCAACGCGUAUUGAACAAGCUUUAUCAGAAGUAGCAUCAUCUAUUAGCUCGUUGGUUCCUCAACGACCUGUGACUAAUACAGUAUGGCAUACACAACAGAAUGUCUGGUUGCUUUUAGCCGAAAUUUACUUAUCUCAAGAUCAAUUUGAUGCAGCAAAUAAUUGUUUAUUGGAAGCAGCUAGCAUUUUUCCAUUAUCUCACCAUAUCAUGUUUAUGAGAGGAUUAUUUCACGAAAAACGAAAUGAGUUUAGUGAAGCCAAACAAUGCUAUCAAAACGCUGUGACAGUUCAUCCAUCUCAUUUAAAAAGUCUACAACACUUGGGUUUAAUGUACCAUUAUCUUGGUAGUCACCGAUUAGCAGAAAAAACACUUAGAGAUGCAGCAAAAAUAAAUCCUUACUCUCCAGAAACAUGGUAUAAUUUGGGAAAAGUAUUAGAAAGUUUGGGAGAGACCAAUAGUGCUACAGACAGUAUGGCCACUGCUCUGCAAGUUGAGAUGGUUAGCCCAAUAAUGCAAUACACAAGCAUUCCUUUGCCAUUUGAUUAAAAUAAUAAUAAUAUUAUUAUUAUUAUUACUUGUCUGUAUAAAUGUUAAGACUUAACAUAUUGAUUUUGAUAGAAGUAAUAAAUAUUAAAGUGAAAGAGAAACAGGGUUAGGUUACCUCUUCUAUGAUAUUAAAUGAGUUAUAGUCACUAAAGUUUUCUGUUUACAGUAUUAAAUUAUUAUAAUUGUAUUUAUUAUUUGUUGUGUUCUAUGUGGGUUUAUUGUUUAAUCUAGUUAUUGUUAAUUAUUAUUAAAAUUAUCAGUUUUGUUAUUUUGUACAUGUUUAUGUUGGUUUUAUUUCAGUUCUCUGGAAAAUAAAGAACUGCUUUGCUGCAA